GAUUGAACAAAGCAAGUAAAAAGCAUUGAUUGCCCUAGUCCAUGAAAGCCAUUAUGCUGUCACAAGGAUGGCACAAGUGGGCAACAACGCCUUUGUCAUUCAGAAAAAGGUGACAUGAGAGAUAAAUAUGGCCACCAAGUCCGCCUGGCAUUGGAACUGAUAUCAUAUCAUAGAAAUAACAGUUCCUCAUCUCCCCUUCGCUCUAAAUCAAGAUCUCGCCCAUAUAUCAGUUUCUCUGCGCAGGUUUUAACCAUGUCUUCUCAAAGCUUCAACAACAAAUCCCGCCUGGCCCGGAGAAACAACGAGCACGUCACCACGCUGCGAGCUCAGUACGAAGCGCUGGGAACCGCAGCGCGCCCGGGAACUCCAAUUUCCACCUCGUGCCCGGCCCCGACUCCGCGACCCCACCGGACGUCCUUCACCGGCGACGGCCGCGUUUCCUUGCGCGAGCGGCUGGCUGUGUACAGAAACGGGUUUCCCCGGUCCUCUUCCUCCCAUGCCAAACAACUUACUACGACGCCGCCGCGCUUGUCGCCCCUGCUUUCCGUUCCCGAGUGUCCUCCCGCACCUCGCAGGCCCCGCGGGCGUCUCAGCGCCGAGCGUCUGAACGCGAGCUGCUGCGAUGAUGAGGACAUAUUCCUCGAUCGCCGCGCCAACAGGUUCGAGAAGAGCAAAAAGGCCGACACAGGUAAGCCCCUGCCCAGCCUUCCCCUGUCACCUCGGGCAAGGAACGCUCGCUCGCCGCUUCGCAACAUCGUGAAGCAGAGCGACGUUGCCGUGGCGAAGACCGGAUCCGUGGACCCGGAGAUGAAGCGUCUGAUAGGCCGGAAUAAUGGCAGCGGCGGUGAUCAUUGUAGGUCUGGACAUGGUAGUGCUAAGCUCGAGAUGGCUUAUCUCUCUGGCGCGAUCGACAAUAUUCUUGCGGACUACCUUCCUGGUGCGAUGCCGGCCAUCAGGGAGCAUGUGCAGGAGAGGUGGAAGGGCGAGGAGAAAGGUCGGGUUGACGAGACCAUGAUUUAUCUAUGUGGUGCUAUCGACCACGAGCUACCCGGGUGGUCUUCCCGUCCAGUGACGAGGCUCGUGGCCAGGGAGGUCGAGUAGCUGGGAUGGGUUGAGCGUUGUAGACGGUAAGUGAAAGAAAGACAAGCAAGUUGAUCGGCAUGGGUUCAUGGGCUAUUGUGAGUCGACAGUUGUGCAGCAAAACUAGAAAAUCAAUCAAACAUGUCCUCACGGAGUAGAUAUCUGAAACUGUG